CAACAACCAAAUCGACCCUCUCUUCUUGACGUUUCAGACAAAUUAAUCUAAAUAUUUUUUAUUAUCCAAGAAAUUAUCCUAAAUCUUGCCUUCACUUUGCCAUUACCAAUCAUCCCUCCAAUCUCUAAACUAACCGCCAUUGUUCUCCCGACACCAAAACAAAAUCUAGCAAGAGUGUCGCUAUUCAUGGAGUAGCUGCUUGAUUAAUUCAAAGGUCGAGCUCCAUAAUUAUGCGGCAGAUAUCGCAUACGAGAUCCGACUUGUCGGGACAGUUGACGAUGACGACGGUGGGUUGUUGGGCUUCUUCUCGUAAUGCCCCUGCAGUUGACAAAAUUAAAGACAAAUCUAUCGUUGAACCCUCUCUUUUGGAUUGUCGACUUGACCGGGAGAAGAGAAUGUCGGAUUCCGAAUCGGCCUGACGGAGAGGGAUGGCGGCAGUGGCGAUAUGAGGCUGAGUUCAGGAGAAGAUUCACCGUUCACGUCAUGGAAUUGUUCCACCACCCAUAACAAAAUCGAGCUCGACCUCUGAAUUAAUCGGGUAGGUAAUCUCUUCUCUAGUAGAACAGUCGAUAGAGAGGGAUUUAGAGGCAGGGGAAGAUGCCCAAGAACAAGAACAAGCCAUUAAUGAAUGUUAUGUUUUCCCCUACGCUGCUCAACUACUUUUUCUUGUAGUUUCUCCAAAUUUGUUUACUGGAUAUGAUUAAUGGGUUUAACACUCUCUCUAAUCUUGUCUCUUAUUCUUCUUUGUGGCAACUAUACUUGCUUCAACAAGAUCAUUGAAGGCUCCUGGACUUCCUGCCGCCGCCAAAAAGAAGAGGAAGAAGAUGAAGGGUUGGGUCGGGUCAGGUUGGGUCACCGGUUAGGUUAAGUUGGGUUGGGUUUAAUGACGUGGUGGAUCGAGUGUCAAACUUUUUGGUUUAAAAUUGGUUGAUUAGACACUUUCGUUAGCCACAUCAGCAUAAAAUUGACGGUGCUAACGGGGGUUAACGAAGACUAACUUAUAGUGACAAAACUUGGACGGUUUUACUAAUUUUAGUGACCAUGAAUAAAUUUAAAUAUUUCGAGUGACCAAACAUGAAAGUUUUCUGUAAUCUCACUGACCAAUCAUAGGGAUUAUUAGGGGAUUGCUAUUCGUCGUCCUAAAAAUCCUUAUUUGUCGCCCUAAUUAUAUUAAAUUUACUAUAAUGCCCUUAGUUUUUUUUUUUUGUCUUUCAAACAAUUACACACUAACCGGAGGCGCAAUCGUCAUGGUCAUCACCAUCAUCAUCUUGCGUAACAUCUCAAACAGACGCCAAUAACAACAGCAACAACAACUCAAACACCACUACAACAAAUUCGGCCUAUUAUGAUAAGGAAAUUUUGUCAUAUUAGAUACCCAUUUUGUCAUAUUAGGUAUAAUAUGACAAAAGGUGUUGUCACAAAGGUUUGUUAUUUUAUCGCCGUCAGGAUAUGUCAAAUUUGACAAAUAUUUAAAACAAAGUUGUCACAUUUGCUUUCAGUAUAGCUGAUGUUCUGGGUAGUCUAUUGUGACAAACAGAGAUGUUAUGACGACAUAUUUUAUCAUUAAGGUUAUCAUAAUCUGGUGAUUUGUGGAGAAUUAUUCGUCAUAUUACACGAUUAUAUUUUGUCAUAACUGUAUAUUGUGACGACUGCAUUUUGUCACAAGUGUAUAUUAUGACGACAUUAUUUUGUCAUAACUGCAUAUAUUAACGAGGAAAGGUGCCUUAUUUGUCUCUUGUCUAAAAUUAUAUAUAAUAAACACUGUAAAGAAAUUUUUUUAAUUAGCUUGUUGCAUCUGCUUCUUGAUGCAUGCUCUUGAAGACUUAGAUUUUGUAUCAAUCCUCUAUUUUAAAUAAGACAAACAUAUUACAUGGAGUUCACUCCUACAAAUGUCUAUUAUCGCCUUAAAAUCCAGGUUGUUGCUCCUCGUCCUGCACACCUUGAGAGAAUUUUGGACAAACCUGAUACAUACAAAAAAAAAGACAAGGCACACAAUUAGAAUUUGGAAAAGGCCAUUUCACAAUUUUUAGAGGACUCUGCAUAAACAUCAACAAGGUAAGACACUACCCAAAAAGCAUAACCCUUGGAACACAAAUCCACUACCUAAUAAACUGCAAAAGAGAUCUGCAAACCAAUCACCCAUAGGUAAAUCCCUCAAUCUAAAUCCCUAAAAUCCACAUCCACAGUUUAAUCGGGAAUAGACGACAGAGUCGGGAAAGAUGGAUUAGAAGAAUCUCACUUAUAUCUGUCAACUUCUAAAGCCAGAAAUCCAAGCGCCAUCUCGUCAGUUCUUUCGCCAUCUUCGUCGCGUUCAAAGCCUCCUUGGCCGGCGUCUCGUCUCCUACGAGAUACCAUCACCAGUGGGAGCUCGAAGAAUCCAAAUAAAAAAAAGUGUUAGAACUGACAUAAACUAGGCAUCAAAAGAAAACACGCAUGCAGGCUUGGUCUUACUUUCAUUGGUGUCUUUCUUGUCGAUUAGGAGCUACCGAGUCGGGGUUUAGUGGUCGAAGAUGAGAGAAAGGAGUAGAUCGAGAAAUGGAAGUUUCAUUUCCUAUAGGUUUGUUGUCGUCCUUUGGGAACGAUUGAUGGGGAAGAAGAUCGAAAUGGCGGCGGAUGAAGAGAGGAGAAGGAAUAGGGUUUUGUUUUCCAGAGAGAAGGAACGAAACGAGAGAGAGAGAGAUGAGGUAAGCGGCGGCCGCUGAUUUUUGUUUAGGGUCGAUUUUGUCUUAGAGACAUUAUAUACCCCAAUGGUCAAAAUGACCCUUUGCCCCUUAGGGUUUCUGGAAAUUAACGGGGCCUUGCCACCGCUUUUUCGUGAAAGUACCACCAUGCCCCCGCUUUGUAAAAAACAAAACCACUAUAUUAUGACGAACAUGCCCUUUUGUCAGCUCAUCGUGGGAUUAUUGCUAUCUAUUAUAAUAAAAUAUUUUGUCAUUUAAAUAAUUCAGGAAGGCAUAAUAUGACAAAAGCUACUAUGACGAUAUAAUAUGUCACUUUUGUGCUCUUACAUCCCGAUAUGGAAUGCCUAUUUUGACAAAAUUAAUUGUGACACGAAAUAUUUGUCACAUUACUCACUUUAAAUGACGAACUAUUCUGACAACAUGAGAUUUGUCACUGUUGAGUCUCUUACAUCCCGAUAUGGGACGCCUAUUUUGACAAAUUUAAUUGUGACACGAAAUAUUUGUCACAAUACUCACUUUAAAUGACGAAUUAUUCUGAGAAUACUUUUUUGUCACAUUAGGCAUACCAAAUAUGACAUAUAUCAUUUUUCUCAUAUCAUCGUACCUAUUAUGACAAACAAAAAAUGACAAAAUUAAAUUUUUGUCCUAAUAGGCCGAAUUUGUUGUAGUGCACAUGCCAAUAAAUUCAAUCAGGAUAAUAGCUAGGCAGCUAUCAUAGUGGACGGUGGGAUCUUGCCCUUCAGGCCGACGUAGGCCACGCAGUCGGCCGCCGCGGUGGCUGUGGAAACUAGUCCUAGAGCCAACUCCAAAGCAAGGAAUCAGAGAGGAGUUAAUGGUUUUUUCAGCAAGAUUGAUGAAAGUGAGAGACAGGGUGGUAAGUGGUAAGUUAGUUAGUUACUAAUGACCACGUCCAAGAAGAUGAAGUGGAGCAGAGACUUGUUUUCAUAUUGUGGCUUGAGGAUCACUCCCACGUAUGCUAGGUGGCUGAUGAUGGUGUAUGUGGCAGCUACGCAGAGUGCUGAAAUGAAAUUAGGGUUAGGGAUAAAUAUGUCAAUUAAGUGUAUUUUAGGGCGAUAAAAUUUAAAUUUUAGGACGACGAAUAGCGAUUCAAGAUUAUUAUGGUGGAUUUAUGUGUUCAUUUUGUGUAGUUAUACACGUGCAAUCUAGUAGUAGCUUAUAGUUUUUUUUAAUGCUUUUAGCGUGCAAACCUAGUAACCUACCUCUCCUAGCUCAUUUCUCUCCGUUGAGAGUUGAGACACAUGUUUAUAUAAAACCAUGAAAAUUUUCCACAAUUCCACUUAUUUGAAUGAAACCAUCUCAAAAAACACAACUCAAACACUUGCAAUGAGAUACAUUUUGUAAUUCAACGGGGAAAAAAUUGUAUGAACUCGAGAGUGAAUCUAUUAUAGUAUUAAUAAUUCUUUUUCUUUUACUUUUCACCUUUCACGACAAUAUCAUUCAAAAAGAUGUGCUUUAGCAAGCUAAUAGUUAUGUGAACUAAUGAUAGGAAUGAUAAUAAUAAUAAAAAAUCAAUAACUAGAAUGGUCAAUUAGUUAAUUACUUGGAACGAAAUGUUAAAGCAAUGUUUGGAGCUACGUGGUCAAACUUGUAACUAUAAGAGUUAGAACUUAGAAGAGAGGGAACCGGUCAAGAACAAAUAAUGAAGUAAAUAAUAAUCUUCAAUGGUGAACAUAAUCAUUGAUUAGGAGAAGGUGAAUAAUAUAAAACGAUUAUCCUGUUCUACGCUAUGCAAUAUAUAAAAUAAUCAUCAGGUGGUUGUCAAAUGUCCCUUGUCAGCACGUAAUCUUUUAAAUACCAAAAGAAAUGGAAUUGUGGAUUAGAUAAAGAAAAGACAUCAAAGAGUUGUGUCGGCUUGUAUGAAGAUAAAUAUGCAGCUAGCUCAAUCCAAAAAAAAAUAUAUAUAUAAAAGAAGUUUAAUUACUUUGAGGUAAAUAUAUACGUAUGUCCAUAUUUUAAGUAAGAAAAUGCUUUUAGAUUUUGAAUUGGUCGAACUUUGUGAUAUCUUAUUAUAGCAAACGGCCAUCGAAAUCUGGGGAUCCGUCGCGCGAUACUCGUAGACGCCAUCGAUCGUAAUUGUGGUGGAUCGAACACUAUAUUAGUUCGACCUCAACUUUAGGGUUAAACCCAAAAUUUGGUCUGCGAAUUUUAGAGUUAUGGGUUUGAGAGUAUAAUUAUGUGUAGAAAAGUGUAUUCACACCCCACAACACCCAAAAAUUGAUACCAGUUAAAUUAAUAAGUUUUUAAGGUUGAGUGUAUUAUAAUUUUCUCUUUAUUUGCUUAUUUAAUUAUAAUUCAAUUAAUUAAGUGUUUAUUAUUUCAUGAUUCGGUCAUACGUCUAUUGACGUGAAUCUUGAAAGUGAAGAAAAAGUUUUGGUUAGUUGGACUCGAACCUAUUGGUUGCCAAUGCACUCGAGUAGACAGGAUCAAAGUUCACGUAGUUCGAUUGUUUGAAUGGUUCAUGGUGCGAUAUUAACAUGUUCUAUUGAUUGUGAAUAAGAUAAUGAUGAGCUUCCAAUGGAAAAUGUAGUUUUGAUCAUUGUAAUGUGGUAAUCUAAUGAUUGAUGACUUCAAGAGAAGUUUCAUCGUAAAUACUAUCAUGGUUUAUUGACCAUGAUCUCGUAGUAAUAAUUUUUAGGAUAAAAAUGCUUGAAUGAGCAAAUGAUAACAUAAGGAAGUUAGUAAUUCCAAAGGGAGUUUAGCAUGAGAAUAUUUUGAAAAGGAUAUGUAGUUAGUGUUAACCUUGGAAUCAUACGAUAAUAGACUUGGUUUUACGUAUUAAAGGAAAGAUUGAAGAGAGAGUUCUUUGGUUUCUCUUGCUCUUCUAUAUUUUUGUUCUGUUGGUUUUGAUUGCUUUUUUUUUCUGCCUGUUUUGUGAGGAAAAGUAAAAGGAAGUACCAAGAAGAGGAAGAAGAAGCAAGAAGAUCCUUUUGUUCUUUCCUUUUUUAUGUAAGAAGAGGGUGUAUCAUGUAUGUGUGCCCGUGGAAAAGAAGAGCCUGUCCUCAGUUUUAUAGGAGAAGAGGGCACUGUUGGGCCAUUUGGUGGGGGUUUUGAUUGGCUAGUUUAAAAUAUACAAAUAAAUAUAAGAGAAUGUCAGGGUAAAUGAAUUGCCACAUCACCCUCUGCUGGAUAACCCGCAUAGUGCAGAGGGGCAAAGAUGUAAAUGAAACAAUCAUUCUCUCUCGAUGUGUGUCCCUAAUAAAGAGCUCAGCAGAAUCCCAAUAACCUUCGCGCACUAGCCCCCCCCCCCCCCCCCCCCCCCCCCCCCCCCCCCUCUUUCUCUUCCAUCGGUGCUACCUUCUCUCCUAGUUCGUGGCUCCUUUCCCUUAUGAAAUCAAUAGACAUUGUUAUCAAGUUGCUUAGACACGCAAGAAAUUAAUAAGCUUCUUAAUGCCCACCAUAAAUUAAUGGCUACUGCCUGUGGGCAAAAUCAUCAAGCAAAGGUUGUACAGCUACCUAAAAAAAGAUGUAGAGUUAUUCUCGCUUUCCCUUUUCUUUCACAUUUGCCGGUCUUUGUUCAAUUCUGAAAUUUUGUAUGUUACGUUAUCUGAUUGGAUGUCACCUUAAUUUAAUAAAUUUGGCCUGGAGAUUCCUUGUAUGAGUGUGACUCGGAUUCUUUGAUUUGGGGAGGAAGUAAGGCCUUGUAGAAGUUCUUUGGGCUUGGAGACCGUGCGGCAUCCUAGAGGUAGGUGGAGGCGUCAAGCUAUUUCUACUUGGAUUGGGUUGCUUGGACCCAAGCAAAUUCUCCUAGAAAUUUGGGCUUGAGCUGAGUGACUUUGGACUUGCGGUGGUCAAACUCAUCUUGAGGCCGCCAUCGGUUCCUUCUGCAGUUUGAGCUAAGUUUUCUAGUGGUCUCCUCUUGGGUUUUAGUUAAGACUUAUAGAAGAGUUUCUCUCCUUUAGUCUUCCAAUAGGUGAAAACCCUCUUGAUCUUCUCAAAUAUGCACCAUUGGUACUCCAUAAUUUUACAAGCUUGGAUCUAAAGUAUUCUAGGUUGUGUUUUACCUUGAAAAUUAUAUAACCAUACCAAAACGAAUUUUUUUAUUACAAAAUCGCAAUCUAAGUAUAAUAAUAUCUCAUUGAUCAAAUAGUUACGAUAUUCAUAUGAAUUCAAGUAAAUACUCCUAAAGAUACAUUGAGAGAAGGGGCAAAUGUAUUAAAUAUUGGAGGGAUAAACACUUUAAUCUAACUAUUAUCAUCUCUUCUUCCCUUAAUAUUCGUAUUCCAACAUUUUUCAUUCUUCCUCCCCCACUCCAGCUUGCAUUCCAGCCAACAUUCCUUCUUCUUCCUCAUAUUAUUUUCAUGAACCACUUCCUAACUCGACUGUCCCACUUCGACACUCAGAUAAGAUUCAUGGUCCACCAAAGAAAUUGAGUGAUUAUUUUCCCCCCCUAAUAGUAAUGCUAAAUAUCCUAUUUCUUUAAGUUAAAUCUUAUCAUAGGUUAUCUCCUACUUAUGGUUGUCUCAAAUGAAACUGAACCAACCACUUACAAUGAGACUGCCAAAGACUGAAGAUGAGUUGAGGCAAUGGAUUUAGAAUUGCAAGCAUUGGCAAACAAUAGAAGGUUUUAAGGCUAUGUUAGUCGCCAAAGGGCCUUGAUAUUUAUAAACCUUUUUUCCUCGAGUUAAACUUACCAUUGUUCGUACUUGACUUGCUUUAGCUUCUACUAAGAAUUAACAAGUGCAACAUUUAGAUGUUAACAAUGUUUUUUACAUGGUGGUUUGGUAGAAGAGGUUUACAUGAAUCCUCCUCCAUGCUUGUUUUUGCCUUCUAUGAAUCCAGUUUGUAAAAUAAAUAAAUUGAUGUAUGUCCUUAAGCAGGCUAGUUGGCAAUGAAACCACACAAUAACUCAAUUUGUUCCUCAUGCAAGUUAUACUCUAUCUAAGACAAAUUAUUUGUUGUUUACUAAGAUUUACAUGGGUAAAUUUCAGGUUGUCUUAGUAUAUAUUGAUGAUGUCAUAUUAGCAGGUGAUGAUAUUGAUUCUCUUAACCUGCUUAAAUUCCAAUAAGAUGUUGCGUUUAAGAUCAAAGAUUUUAGACAUCACUAAUAUUUUUUAGGUUUAAAAAUAACUCGUACACUACUAGUUUUUCAAUUUGUCAACGCAAAUAAACUCUAGAUUUGUUUAGUAAUGCAUGUUUAUUGGUUGUGAAGCUUGAUGCCAUACCAUUCGUUGUUGGAAGUCAGUUAUCCAUCCAUGCUGGUGAACCUCUUUUUGACCGUAAGCUGUUUCGUAGACUUGUAGGUCGUCUUUUAUAUCUGUAUCAUACUCGGUUCUUGCAACAAUUAGACUUGGAAUCUCAUAGGUCGAUAACAAGGUAUCGUGUAUUCUUAGGAUACUUGGUUCUUAGCUAGAGAUCAAAGAAGCAACCCAUUGUAUCUCGAUCCUCAAUUGAAUUCGUGUAUCGUGCAAUUGCAAAUUUGGCAUGCGAAGUUCAGUGCCUGCAUGCUAUUUUUUAGGAUCUUGGAGUUCAUUUUAAAUCUCCUACCACCUUAUUUUGCGGUAAUCAAUCCACUAUUAAACUAGCUGAGGAUCAUGUUUUUUAUGUUCGAACAAAACAUUUUGAGAUUGAUUAUCACAUUAUUCGUUAUCGUAUAUUGUCAUGAUUAAUCAAAGUGCUACAUGUUAGUAGCGAGAAAUUUUUGAUGGUUUUACAAAGUCUUUGUCGAGUUCUUUAUUUUUAGGUUGGAUUUCCAAGUUAAAUAGUUUGGACAUCUACGCUCCAGCUUGUGGGGGUUGUUGGAGGACUCAAGACUAUAUAGUUUAUGUAUUAUAAUGUAACGUUUGUUAUAUACUAUUUUGUAUUGUAAUUAGUCGGUACUAUAUAUAUUAAAAUGUAAUAAAGAUAAUGUAAGCUUUGAUAAUCAUGGAAUAAGAAAAGUAGACAACUCUCUUCUCAAAGAUUCAACUUAGAAUGUGGAAAAUCAUAAGCUAACUAAGCAGCUCUCAGCUAGAUAGGCAAUCAAGGUUGUCAAUCGGGUUUAGCCCGUUGGCCCGAUUUGGCAAGUGAGUUGAGGAUUAAUGGUUUGAUUUUUUUAGCCUGGUUAAAUUUGGAUGUAUGAAAAAAUUCAUUAUAUUGUUCAUAUAUUUACAAAUUAUAUCAAAUCUCACAUAACAUAUGGGUAACAAUAUAUAAUAUUACACCAAAAUACUAAUUUGUACUUGGAUCAACAUAUAUAGUGAAAAUUCAAACACACUAAUAAAAUAUCAAUAUUCAAAUGUUCAAUUUAGCAAACCAAAAUUAAGACUACGCAAAGAAAACCCCGAAAAAGACAAAAUUUACAUAGCAAAAAGAAAAACGAUGAUGUAUAACUUCCAAUCGAGGACCAACCUUGCAUGCCAUUGUACAUAAGCUUCCAUGCCAUUGUACAUAAGAAUCUAAAACCCAAACCUCAAAGGCAGGCAAUUCCAUCUUCGAGAGAUAGACAGCUUGCUAUUCACAUGUUAUAUAUAUGAUUAUGAUACCAAUUGACAUUUAUUAUUAUUAUAUUAUGAUUAAUGUGUUUUUUGUUUGGCGAACUUGUGUGGUUCACAAGCAUAAGACGACCAAUUCCAUAAAGAAAUAAAAGCCGGCCUGGCUUCUUCUUUUUGCUUCUGGUGUGUGUGUGUUUUUGCCUAUCUACUUGAGACCAAUCCUUAUCCACUCUGCGGCCAGCCUCAGCCGUUAGACGCAUGCCGAGAAUCGAAGAUGAUACAGAUUACAGACUUUCUUACGAUUGGGACCUCACCAGUCAGGCAGUCACCACCACCCAUGCGACUAGUAACCGGAUAAACUUUUGUUUGUCCACUUCAUUAUUAUUACUCAUCAAAUGAUCAUUUAUAAGAGUAGUAAAUAUAGGUUGAAGAGUACAUCUUGUAAUUGGCACACUUUAAAAAAGACACAUAUAAUAUACAAAUCUUAAAAAAAUUUAAAUCCAUGUUAUUCAUCAUCAAAAUUCUAAAAUCAUUCAAAUUAUCUCAAAAAAUAAAUCAUAAUUUUUUUAUUAAAUUCAAUUUAAUAAUUAAGGGGCAAUAUGUUGUGGAUCAAAUAAAGCAGACAAGGUUGGGAAACGAAGAAAAUGAAGCAAUAAAAAAAACAUAGUAAUUCAAGUUGGAUGGUCUUAGUUUACAUCAAAUUAUUUUUUUCAUAAUUUAUGUGGCUAAAAUAGUGAAUCAAUAGACCAGUCAAACCAUGAUGGUUCAUCUGGUUUUAUGUCAAACCGAUAAUAAUUUUCCGAUUCAUCCGCAACCACUAAGCAAAUGAACCAAACCAUUAUUAUAAUUUGUUUGGUAGUUCUAAAGCCCCGGAUCCGCCGAACCAGGCUCUGAUACCACUUGUCAUAACCGGGCUGCUCAUUAGCACGAUAUGGUCUGCUUUGGACCAAGCUCGCACGGUUUUACUCUUGGGUGCCCUCCCCAAAAGGCCUCGUACUAAUUGGGCUAGGUGGACUCUAAUAUACAAGGGUCACUUCCCUUGUAUUACCGAUGUGAUACUUGGAUUGUCCCAUAACAAUCAUUCCCUCAAGACAAGGACCACGGACUUCGAGUCCUCACCUCAACUAUUAUCUUGAUCUGCCAAACACCUUGUAUCGAUGGGCUUCUUGCUACAAGGAUUUUCUCAAACGCGGAACUCUCUUUGAUACGCCAAACAAACGUGGAUCUCUCCUAGAUCCACCAGACAGACGCACACCUCCCUUGAUCCGCCAAACCAUAUGUAGCCCAAACGUGGAUCUCUCCUGGAUCCACCAAACAUACACAUAUUUCAAAUCCCAAGGUCACCAAACGAGGGUCCCACCAAACUGACGUCCACCGCCCCGGAUUCGCCGAACCAGGCUCUGAUACCACUUGUCGAAACCGGGCUGCUCAAUUGGUACGAUAUUGUCCGCUUUGGGCCAAGCCCGCACGGAUUUACUCUUGGGUAUUCUUCGCAAAAGGCCUCAUACUAAUUGGGCUAGGUGGACUCUAAUAUACAAGGGUCCCUUCCCUUGUAUUACCGAUGUGGUACUUGGAUAGUCCCAUAACAAUCUUCCCCUCAAGACAAGGACCACGAACUUCGUGUCCUCACCUCAGCGAUUAUCUUGAUUCGCCAGACACCUUGUAUCGAUGGGCUUCUCGAUACAAGGACUUUACCAGACGCAAAACUCUCUUUGAUCUGCUUCCCAAAUGUGGAACUCUCUUUGAUCUGCCAAGCCCAAACGUGGAUCUCUCCAGGAUCCACCAAACAGACGUGAAUCACCUUUGACCCGCCAGACAAACGCAUAUCUCAAAUCCCGUGGUCACCGAAUGAGAGUCCACCGAACUGACGUCCACCACCCUGGAUAGAACCAAACUCUGAUACCACUUGUCAUAACAACGAGGUGCUCAAUUAGUACGAUAUUGUCCGCUUUGAGCCAAGCCCUCACGGUUUUACUCUUGGGUAUCCUCCCCAAAAGGCCUCGUACUUAUGAACUUGGUGGACAAUUAUAUACAAGGGUUCCUUCCCUUAUAUUUUUGAUGUGGUACUUGGAUUGUCCCAUAACACUUCUAAUGAUCCUUCCGUUCAUUCGUUUAGUUCUCAUAAAACUGAUCAGGAACUUGGUUUAGGUAGCCGAAUUUUAGAGUAGAACCACUUAGCAUUCCACUCCCAGCACUAUUUAUAUUUUCAAUGAUUCUUCUUUCUUUUCUAACAUCGCACUAUUUAUCUGAACCUCCUAUUUAAGGGUUUUCCAAAAAAAAAUUCUAAAAGAGCGCUACUUCAUAGAUAUUUCCUAGUUGAUGGUGUUUUUGCUCAAAUUGCAGUGGGAAGGCAUAUGUCACCAACUCACCAUUUAGGUUGGCAACAUAUAAUACGUCACUUGAUUGAAUGGUGACAUAUGUACCGUGAUGUGGACGUGUGGGAGAACAUGCUGACAACGCUUUUUUUAUUAUUUUUUUUUUAACUUUUUGUGGUUCAAAACAUUAACGUUUUAGGAAAACUUGUAAAUAAACUAACCUCUAAGCUUGCUGCUUGGUUUGGUCCCAAAUGUACACAUUUUACCCCUCAUUUCUUAUUCUUUUAGCUUAGUAUUUCAUCAUUCCUCGACAUAUUUCACGCUAGGUUGUGUUUGUUUUGAUACAUUUCAGGUCCUAGCACGUGUGGAAGGGUCGAGGUCCAAUUUUGGGAUAAUUGGAGGUCAAAAAGAGCAAAACGUAGAAAAUUUCGAAGUGCCUCGUAACAGUGAAGUGAAAGCAUCCCAGGAAACAACCACAGUUCACGGGCGGACAAGGCAGUUCACGGUCUCCUAAGACCGUGAACACCGAGGCGUCCAACAAGGUUCCAGAAGUUACUGACGACAAGGCAGUUCACGGUCUCUAAGAUCGUGAACUGGGGCCAUUGACCGUGAACCCAGGACAGUAAAGUGGUGCAUUUUGGACAACACCGAGUUCACGGACGCGUUUAGGUGUUCACGGUCGUGAACUGGCCAACGCGUCCUUUAAAUGAUCACUUUCGGGCAAAUAUGAAGACAACAGCGGGGAAAGAGAAAGGAGAGCUGGUUUUUGGAGAAGAAACACUUUCUUUCUCUAGGGUUUCAACCUAAAACACCGAAGGGGAGUUCUAGUGAAAGAGGGAGAGAGAGAGAGAGAGAGAGUUCUAGAGUGAUCUUGGAGCAUCAUUGGAGGCUUGGGUGGGGGAUUCAAGCCUAGAAGAAGAAGAAGAAGAAGAAGAAGAAGAAGAAGAAGAUCUUGAGCUCAAAUUUGUAACCCCUCUCUUCUCUCUCUAGAAACUCACUCUUUUAUCUUGGGUGUUGUAGAUCUCUAACUAAUACUUUGUAAUUACUUGUUUAGAUUGAAUGAUUUUGUAUGGGUUUGCAUCAAUUUGUGUAUUAGAGGUGUUUUCAUGGUGAUUGUAAUUAAUUGUGCUUUCCAAAUCUUGUGUGCUUGCCUAACCUAGAUUAGAGGAAAACCACACCUUUUUAGGUAGGCUUGACAAGCUUGGGUUUCCUGGGUACUUUGUGCCUACUAUCUAGGUUAGAGAUGAGCACCCCCCUUGACUCAAGUUUGCAUCUAGGUUGGUUGUGAUUAAACCGAUCAAACUCCGGUUUGAGGGAGAGACCUAGGCAACCCAUAGAGACUGAGUGAGAGGAUCGAUUCCGUGACAAUCAAUCUCUAUUGAAUCCAUCCCGUGACAAAUGGAUCACUAGUUGCUCCUCCUAGUGGUUCCUCUAGACUUGGUGAAUGGAUCGAUCCCGUGACAAAUCGAUCGCUAGUGAAUUGAUUCCGUGACAAAUCGAUCACUAGUUGCUCACCCCCGCGGUUCACAACCACCUACUCCACACUACUCCAUUCAAUCCAACAAGCCAUGGUAGCUAGUUAGGGGGAAGCAACUCCCGGGUGAAGCUCCCUUAGUUAGAAUUUUCCUUUAUUUACUUUUCCUUGCUAGUUUAGUUUGUAGUUUUCUUAGUUUUAAAACCCAAAACCGUUUUGCUAGAUAACAACUUAAGAGAUUGAAGUAGAGGUAGAUGGACCGGUCCGAGUCGAUAUUUAAAUACUUGCUCUAUACUGCACCCGGCUAGAGUUUCAAAACUUGGACUCUAGUCGAGAUUAAUUUGUGGUGUAGUUUCGUGCGAGUCACUGCCAUUAUAUGCACACACAAAAUUAAGGGUAGUUUAUUUACAAGUUUUCUUGAAAAAAAUAAUGUUCUGAACCUCAAAAUUAAAAAUAAAAUGAGAAAAGUGCUCUCAGCAUGUUCAUCCGAGUAUCCAGGUUAGCAGUACAUAGGUAAAAUUUAUCCUAUGAAUUCUAUAUCGGUAUAAAUAAUUGAAUAAUUUGUAGAAGCAAAUAUAUCUUAUGAAUUCUAUAUCGGUAUAAAUAAUAUGAGGAUUUUAUGUUUAAUUCUCGUACAUCAUGCUGAUGUUGUAUAAUUUUCUAUGUUAAAUUUACUUGUAAUUUUUUUAUAUUAUAUUGUAGAUGUUUCAUAUUAAUUAAAUUUAUAAAUUCUAAUUCUCUUCCUAUAGUCUUAUUUUCUUUUCUAGAUUUGUUACGGAAUGUGGUAGCUUUUAUAGUUUAUUUAUUACUUGGUUACUUCCCAUUUCUUUUCGUUCUAAAUUUUCUUCAAUUACUAGAAUCUGUUUAAUUCUUUUUUUACUGUGUUCCAUUUAUCUUUCUUUGGUCUUGAUGUAUUGAUGAUCGAUUAGGUUCUAUUUUAACUAUUUUUAAUGGUACUUCUAAUUGAAUUAGGAGAUAAAAUAGAUCUUCUAAUAUUGAUUUUAAAUAUUUAUUAUUUAUUCUAUAUAUUUAUUCUUCUUCUUUAUAUUUGUUUAUUAUUUUUACUAAUUUAUCUGUUUUAUUGACAAUUUUGAUUAGCCAUUUUAGUUAUAUUAUGUUUAAAAGGUUUUUUAUUUUCUAUAUUAGAUAAAAACUUUUUGAAAUAUAGUUUUGGAUGUUUUUAAAAGUUUUGGAUACCAAAAAGUAAUUAAAAUUUUGGGUUGGAUGGAAAACUGGACGGAUGCACAUUUUGGCGACUUUAAUGGUACCCGACGUCCUAUUCAAACUUAAGUGGUAUGUCUGCCACAAUUCUCAAACUUAAGUGGUACCCGAAAUAUUUUACCCGCAAUACAUAUGUCGCCAAUUAGUCAAGCGACAUAUCAUAUGUUGCCGACCUAAGUGGCGACAUAUUCCUUCUCCCUGCCAUUUCAACAAAAAUACCACUAUAUUAGAAAAAAAGUUGUGAUGUACUGUUAUUUUGGAAUUUUUAUUAAUUUCUUUUGGAAUAACCCCUAUGUUGCUUAAUAAUUAAUAUGAUAGUUAUAGUUAAAUUGAUGCAUUGUUAUCAAUGCAUGCAUAAUAAUAUACAUGUAUAUAAGAAAAUUGGUUUAUUGUAAUUUACAUUGUAUGGUUUAUGUGAUAAUUAUUGUAGUAUUUAGAUAAGUUAUAUUGCUUUCUAGGAAAAUGUCAUUUUUACCUUUUAUUUUUUUUAUAUCAGAUAACAACACACAUAAAAAGGUAGGGGCAUGAUUGUUUGGUUAUGGUGAUAGUUAGAUUGAUUCAUUGUCAUCAAUGCAUGCAUAAUAAUAUGCAUGGAUAUUAGAAAAUUGGUGUAUUGUAGUUUACACCGUUUGGUUUCUGUGAUAGUUAUUGUAGUAUUUGAAUAAGUUAUAUUAUUUUUUGGGUGAAAUGUCACUUUUACCCUUCAUUUUUAAUAUAAAAGAGCAAGACACAUAAAAAAACUAGGGACAUAGUUGGAAGGAAGAAAAAACCCAACAAUCACAAUGAAACAAUCUCAACAAUCUCACAAAAAAUAUGAGAUUUAACUAUCACUCAUUUUGAGUGAUAGUCUUUGUCACAUCAAACAAAUAAUUAAUAAUGUAUGUAUUGUUUGUGCAGAAAAUUCAGAAAAAGAACGCAUUGUGGACAAUAUAUGCAUUCUAACUAUUUCAACCAAACUAUCACCAAAACCAAACGACCCAUAGUUAAAAUAAAAAAAGACUCAACAAUCUCAAAAAUAUCACAAAAACCUUGAGAUUUAACUAUUACUCCUUUUGAUUGAUAGUUUGUGCAAAAAAAAAAAUUCAAAAAAAAAAUAUAUUGUGAUUUGUGAGCAAUGCAUACAUUGUAACUAUUCCAACCAAACAAUCAUCAAACAUUUUUUUUAAGGGAGUUCUUGUUAUGAAUGAUUCAUAGCAAAACGCAAUGGAAUAGUCAUCAAGUUUGGGUCUCAAUGAUUCAUAAGCAGGUUAACAAAAAGAAAAGACUGUUCAGCCCAAUCAGAAAAGUCCAGCAAAGUUCGUCAGCUGUUUGAGCCCAAAGAUUGAAAGUAAUCGGUUGAGUGAGCCCGCUCAGGCCAACGAAGCCGUUUUAGUUGAACCAGAGCCCAAAAACAGUGAAACGCUCUGUCGUUUGGAUGCCAACAGUGUACAGUCAGUCAUCCCUCGGAAGAAAUUGUUGUCUCGACGAUUACUUUCCUGCUUCGUCGCCUGCAGGCUGAAAGUUUCUUUCCUUCAGCAAAAACUGGAUUUCUCAUCUGGAAUCCCGUUCUGGGUGCUUCCUUAGUUGAUCCAAGCCAUCAAACCAGUGGAGGAAAUUCCGUUCUGCAUCUCUACAAUGUACCAGUGGAGGAAAUUCGACUUCUUCGAGGACAAGUACGGCGGGAAGAGCUCGAUUCCGGACGAAAUCUCCGGUGAGAUCGAGUGCUCUUCCAGCGGUAGAGGCAAAGUGGUGAUCGGCUGCAACGACGGCACCGUCAGUUUCCUCGAUCGUGGCCUCAACUUCAAUUCAGGAUUCCAAUCGCACUCUUCCUCCGUCCUUUUCCUCCAGCAGCUCAAGCAACGGAACUUCCUGUUAACUGUUGGCGAAGAUGAGCAAUUAGCUUCCCAGCAAUCCGCCAUGUGCCUCAAGGUUUUUGACCUCGAUAAGCCGUCGCAGCAACAGGAGGGAACUAGCUCAGCCGCUGCUACCCCUGAUUCCAUUGGCAUAUUGCGCAUUUUCACUAAUAAUUUCCCUGAGGCCAAGAUUACUUCGUUUUUAGUACUAGAGGAAGCACCUCCGAUACUACUGAUAGCUAUUGGGUUAGACAAUGGCUGCAUUUACUGCAUCAAGGGUGACAUUGCUAGAGAGCGAAUCCAACGUUUCAAGCUGCAGGUCGAUAAUGCUUCAAACAAGAGUCAAUUGCCUGUUACGGGUCUGGGUUUUAGAGUGGAUGGCCAAACCCUUCAGUUGUUUGCUGUGACUCCUGAUUCAGUGACUUUGUUCGGCCUGCACAGUCAACCACCGAGGAAGCAGACUUUGGAUCAAAUUGGUUCUAGUGUAAAUAGUGUUGCAAUGAGUGAUCGGUCGGAGUUGAUAAUUGGCCGACCGGAAGCGGUCUACUUCUAUGAAGUUGAUGGGCGGGGUCCUUGUUGGGCAUUUGAGGGGGAGAAGAAAUUCAUGGGGUGGUUUAGAGGCUACCUUUUAUGUGUUAUAUCAGACCAGAGAAAUGGCAAGGAUACUUUCAAUGUUUAUGAUCUAAAGAACCGGUUGAUAGCCCACAGUAUAGUGGUUAAAGAAGUUUCUCACAUGCUUUGUGAAUGGGGUAACAUCAUACUUAUCAUGAGUGACAAAUCAGCUUUGUGUAUUGGCGAGAAAGACAUGGAAAGCAAGCUUGACAUGCUUUUCAAAAGAAAUCUUUACACCGUGGCAAUCAAUCUGGUUCAGAGCCAGCAAGCUGAUGCUGCAGCUACUGCUGAAGUUCUCAGAAAGUAUGGAGAUCAUCUGUAUAGCAAGCAAGAUUAUGAUGAAGCCAUGGCUCAGUACAUUAACACGAUUGGUCACCUCGAACCUUCGUACGUGAUUCAGAAGUUCCUAGAUGCACAGAGGAUAUACAACCUUACAAACUAUCUGGAGAAUUUGCAUGAAAAGGGGCUCGCUUCAAAGGACCACACAACUCUUCUCUUGAACUGUUAUACCAAACUGAAAGAUGUUGAGAAGCUGAAUGUUUUUAUCAAGAGUGAGGAUAGUGUCGGGGAGCAUAAAUUUGAUGUGGAGACUGCUAUUAGGGUUUGUCGUGCGGCCAAUUACCAUGAGCAUGCAAUGUAUGUUGCUAAAAAGGCUGGGAGACAUGAAUGGUACCUGAAGAUCUUGCUUGAGGAUCUUGGCAGGUAUGAUGAAGCCUUGGAGUAUAUUUCUAGCCUUGACUCUAGUCAGGCUGGUGUGACGGUGAAAGAAUAUGGUAAAACACUCAUAGAGCAUAAACCAGCUGAGACCAUUGAAAUACUCAUGAGGCUUUGCACUGAGGAUGAAUUGGUGAACAGAGGAUCAUCAAGCAGUGGCUACUUGUCUAUGUUGCCAUCUCCUGUAGACUUUCUCAACAUUUUCAUCCAUCAUCCUCAUUCUUUGAUGGACUUUCUUGAAAAAUACACUGAGAAGGUGAAGGAUUCUCCAGCUCAAGUAGAAAUUCAUAACACGCUCUUGGAGCUGUACUUAUCCAAUGAUUUGAACUUCCCUUCAAUGUCACAAGCUACCAACAGUGUAGCUCUUUCUCUUGAAGCUAGAUCAGGGGAAUUAACUGCUAAUAAAAGAGACACUUCUGAAGAAAAAUAUCGAACAGAGAGGCUUCAGAAGGGCUUGCAUUUGCUCAAGAGUGGUUGGCCAUCUGACCUGGAGCAACCACUUUAUGAUGUCGAUCUUGCUAUAAUACUUUGUGAGAUGAAUGUAUUUACAGAAGGGCUUUUGUACAUCUAUGAGAAAAUGAAACUGUAUAAGGAGGUUAUUGCCUGCUAUAUGCAGGCUCAUGACCAUGAAGGAUUGAUUGCAUGCUGCAAAAAGCUAGGAGAUUCAGGUAAGGGAGGUGAUGCAACUCUUUGGGGGGAUCUGCUGAAAUACUUUGGUGAACUUGGGGAAGAUUGUUCCAAAGAAGUGAAGGAAGUUCUAACAUAUAUCGAAAGAGACGAUAUCUUGCCACCUAUAAUUGUUAUCCAGACCCUGUCAAGGAAUCCAUGCCUCACGAUCUCUGUAAUCAAGGAUUACAUCGCCCGGAAGCUAGAGGAAGAGUCAAAGCUGAUUGAGGAUGAUCGGCGAGCUAUUGAGAAGUACCAGGACGACACAGUGGUGAUGAGAAAAGAAAUUCAAGACCUAAGGAUGAAUGCCAGGAUCUUCCAGCUCAGCAAGUGUACUGCUUGCACUUUCACCCUUGAUCUUCCAGCGGUCCAUUUCAUGUGCAUGCACUCUUUCCAUCAACGUUGCCUUGGGGAUAAUGAGAAAGAAUGCCCUGAAUGUGCUCCCGACUACAGAUCAGUCCUUGAGAUGAAGAGAAACCUGGAGCAGAACUCCAAAGAUCAGGACAGUUUCUUCCAACAGGUUAAGAGCUCAAAAGAUGGGUUUUCUGUAAUUGCCGAGUAUUUUGGGAAGGGGAUUAUUAGCAAAUCCAGCAAUGGACACGCAGCAACUCUUGGAUCAGCCAACACUUCUUCUGGAAAUGGCUACUGACUCGUAUCGAUUGGUAUUUGAUCCUUGACCUUGAGAGUUCAGUCUUUCAUUUCUUGCAUUAAGUAUCCAUCUACUUGCGAAAGGGGAAAGCUUGAGGUGUUCUGUAAAGCUAAGCGACAGUUGAGACAAGGAUCCCUCAUAGGGCAUCCUCUUGAUUCUGUAACGCUGUCUCGUGCUGAGAUUCAUGCUGAAACCUGGAUUAUCACCUUCCUAGACGAGCAGCCAAGGUUGUUGAUGGCUUCGCAUCAUAUGAAGUCCCCUACAGGUGCACUUUUCUCCUCUUUAAGCCUGGAGACUGUAUUGCGCAACAUAAAAUCUUUUUUGUUUUGUUUUUGUUUGCAUGGUUGUGUGUGUCGGUUCGUUGAGUAUAUUUCGAUCUUGUACUAUCCCUAAAAAGAAGAAAAAAGUUCAGUUGGCAAGAUUUCAGAGGUCUGCUUCUGGCUACUCCAUACUGCCUUCAAUAUUAGCACUGAUUGUGGAUAAAGAAAUCAUAUUUUGCUGCAUUGUGCUUGCUUCAUCUCUAUCUUGUUGCGUUUGGCCCAAAGCGACAACCAAAUCAUUUCAGUUCCUACAUUAGUUGAUAUACCCGCCUGAGAUUGAAAUAUUCAUCUUUCUGGUGUCGCGAAUGCAAGCUGGCUGGUUCGUGAAAAUCUGAAAGCUUUGGGAUUUCAGAUUUCAAUAUGCACUCGUUAUGGGAAUGAUCUGGUCAUUGCCUUGUCAACUGUUGGAAUGGAGAGAAAAAUUGGUUUGGUGGGUCCUACAUGUUCAUUCUAUCUAUCCAAUACCAACUCCAUUGCAAGUUUCUUCUGCGUCUUGUAAUGUAUGAGGAAUCCAAUAUAUGAUGGAUGGGAUGAGUCUGUCCGGAAGCAAGUUCCAUCGUUGCUUUUGGCUUUAAGUGGGAGAAGGUGUUGUAAGCUUAAUAAUUAGUGACCCUGGGUGUUAACUAAUAAUUAUUCCCUCCUGUGUUUGCUAUCUUAUCUAUUUGUAAUUAUUGAGUUUAUGUUGGUGCUAAUUGGGCAUCUAGGCCAGCUGGUCUUGUUUUGUAAUCUUGUGUUUCAUGAUGAUGUGAUUUGGAUGAAUUAGUGGCGACUCUUCUAACUUUAACUGGUGCCUCUGGUUAGAGAAUUCAGAAAUUGCUACUAAUAGCUGCUUCUUUGCACUCUUACUUGAGAUCAGACCAAUAAUUGUGGUUAAUAUGUCGUUUGGAAGUUGUGAUUGUUUUUGUGAGAUUGUUACUAUACUUAGCAUAUAUCGGGUUUUAUUUUAUUUUUUUCAUAUACAAUACAUGAAUAGUUUCUAUGAUGUGACAUAAACUCUUGCUCGUAAUUGUUAUAUCUCAGCUUUUAGCGGAGUUUGGUGAUAUAGUUGAGUUUAGAUUGUUAUAUGUCAGCUUUUGCUGACAAUCACACAUACCAUAAUACAUCUAUUUAAUAAUCACAACUUCCAAAUUACCCUAAGUAGUUUUAGAUGUGCAAUGAAUUUUAACAAUUUCA